GGAGCUGGGACACGCUGUAAGUAAAUACUAACCUCACUUUUCUAUUUCUAUUUCAUGUUAUUUAUGUAAACAUUUGUUGUUUGUUCUUCGUUUCUAAUGGGUAAGCACAAAGAAAAAAAGUCCAAAAAGCACAAAAAAGAGAAGAAACACAAAAAAAGGGAACGUAAACAUUCAUCAUCAUCAUCGUCAGAAUCGUCUUCUGAUGAGUGGGUCGAAAAACAUCCGAAACCGUCCACCAGUUCAUCAGACAUGGUUAAACCAUCGAUACAAACCAGGGAUGAGUGGUUGUCUUUACCAUCGAGUUUUACCUCAAGUUCAAAUUUGGAGAGAAGGCUGGAGCGACAGUUGAACAAGCGAUUGGAAAAAGAAAGAGAUACUUACAAUCCUAGGGAAAACGUUAGAGAAUUAAAUCCUUAUUGGAAAGACGGAGGUGAUGGGUUACCACAAUUUCAAAAACCAUCCGAUGAUUUGCCAUUUAAUUACAAACCGACUAAUAUCAGAAUACACACUUCUAAUUGGCGCAAGGAAAUGCCAGAGCAACCGGUAGUACAUUCUACAAUUGCCAGUGAAACUGAAGAACAGUUCACAGAUAGCGACUUAAAUGCAAUAGCCGCUAAAUUAGUAAAAGCCGAAAUUAUGGGAAACACAAGUUUAAUUGCCGAGCUAAAUGCGAAACUGGAACGCAUGAGAAAUUUCAAAACAGAUAGUUCACAAAAGGAUGAAAUUUUACUAACGGAGACCGAUUCCAAAGGCUACUCUAGGCCGUUAAGGAAAUCUGUCGAUCAUGGAGAGUAUUCGGGAGGAAAACGGAAGAAACAGAAGGUAGAAACACACAGUGAUAAUCAGCGGCUGCGUUACUUUCCAGAUGAUGAUAAGUAUUCACUUAAGCAAAUGUUUGAGAACGAAAGGUUUUUGUCAGGGGAUGACAAUGACAAAAGUUUUAUGGAAAUGAUUGGGAAAGUUAGUAAAAAUGACGAUUUAGAUGAUUUGUUUACUGACAGUAUUAGAAGGGAAUCGCCGAGCAAGAUCGAUAAAUACAAACGAGACAAGGCAAUAAGUGACCAUCGAGAAAUGAAUGAAGCUUUAGAUAACUGUGUCAGUUGUUUACAAUCGGAGAAAAUGUUGAAGCAUCUUAUGGUUUCAAUGUCUGAUACGGUUUAUCUUAGUCUUCCUCAUCACGAACCGUUAACUGAAGGCCACUGUUUGCUUGUUCCCGUAAGGCAUGCCUCAUGUUCAACGCAACUGGAUGAAAAUGAAUGGUCCGAAAUACUUAGUUUUCGUAAUGCUCUUACGAAAAUGUUUAUGGCGAAAAAUGAAGACGUUAUUUUCUUUGAGACCGCUAUGUUUCUACAUCGCCAUCCUCAUAUGGUAAUGCAUUGUAUUCCAAUAGCGAAAGAACAGGGUGAUUUGGCACCGAUCUACUUCAAAAAGGCUAUAGACGAGUCGGAAAUGGAAUGGGCCUCAAAUAAAAAGCUGGUGUCGUUAGCCGGACGAGACAUCCGCCGUGCCAUUCCCAAGGGAUUACCGUACUUCUCCGUCUCAUUUGGUAUGGACGAAGGAUUUGCCCAUGUAAUUGAAGAUCAAAGAUUAUUUCCGACUAAUUUUGCUCAGGAAAUAAUUGGCGGAAUUUUAGAUUUACAUCACAGUAAAUGGCGGAAACCAAAACCACAGAAGUUUGAAGAACAAAAACUGAGAGUGCUAGAAUUUACAAAGCAAUGGACUAAUUAUGAUUGUACAGUAAAUUAAGUUUUCAUUUAAUAAUUUUGAAAAAAAUGCACAGUAGGGAAUGGCUCAGAAUUUAAUUCCCUUAGCAAACUCUGUAUGAAGACCUUGCACAUCCAGUAGUGUUCUUCCCUAAAUUACCUCAGAGGAACCAGGUAGAAACCUCAGUGAUGAAGAAAUGGCCGAGAUUGGCCUGUCAUAUCCAUAAAGUUCUGAAGGAGAAGGAAUGCUAACCAAUAGCAAGUCAACAGAUCCAGCUCAAGGGGCUCUCACACUAGCGAAAAUACCUUACAGAUGACCAGGCGCA